AUCUUUAACCUAUGAACUCCUGAGUGUGCCAGUCCUCCGCCAUAUUGACUGUUGUCUUGACUGGAGAGGAGAUAGAGAACAUUUUGAGGUCCGAGAAGAAACGAAAGUGUGCUUUUAAAAUAACCGAAACUGGUGCAAACUUGGCCAAAGCGUUUUACAAACAGCGUCGUGAUGGCAAGGAAGAAAAGCAAACAGCAAGGCGUCGCCCAGAAGGAGCUGGUGCCCGGACAGCAAACCGUACCGAAGAGCCCAGUCUCUCCCGGCGAUGCAGCCGGCGGUGGCGGCGGAGAUGCUGGGCUGGAUAGGCUGGCUACUACCAGGGCGAACCAGCCUAUGCACACCUGCUGCCUCCUGUGCCACCGUGAAUUCAAAGACUGGGGAGCAAACUCCAUGAACGGACUCCCAGGGGGCCAUGGGACCAAGCUGGCUGAUGCCGUGCCUGCACUCUCCCAGGCCUUAUUGCGGGAGGCGCCAGGGCGUAAGCUUGCUGAUGCGGUGCCCUCGCUGUCUCAGUCCCUGCUGGGAGAGGUGCCUCUGUGGAUCUGUCAGAGCUGCUGCAAGACCGUGGAAGAGGAGGAAAGACGGAGCACCCAGGAGCAGCCGACGCCGGUACCAUUGUCACACUCUUCCUCCUGUAAGUCCCAGAGCUGUGGGAACGGUUACCCGGAGCAAAGUACUGUGGAUUGGGACCCGAGUUCCUUCCUGUCAGCCCACAAACUGUCAGGACUCUGGAACUCAGCCCACACCAACGGAGGGGAACACUGCAGCCACAACACUUCAUCACACUCACAACAAGGUAUAACAGCAGGAUCAGCCUGUCAUGAGAAAAGAGGACUUCACGAAGCGCCGGGGAAAUCUGCUAAAACGUCGGGGACCAAAGUGUGUCCCUACAGUCACCCGUCAUCCCAGAAUUCCAGUGGAUCCUCUGCUGGGAACCCCCUGUCUACCUCAGCAGACCUUUGUAAGACCACUCCCAAGCACUUCAAGACCAUGUGCCGUCGACCAACGCCACCAGGUGAAGCCUUCCACCCCAGUGACCACCAUCAACAUACAGACUUGUCGGUACCCCCCAAUAGUCCAACCGGCCUGUCUUCACAGCAUUCCUCCCUCCUGCCUCCAAAGCCAAGCUCCGGGCAGCACAGUCAUGUAACCUCUUCCUCUGCCACUGGGGUUGCAGCCCACGCUCCCUUCUCCCCGCUGGUACCAAACCUCCACGGCCCAACAGCUAAACUCACCUCUCCCAGUCCAGACAGCCCAACAUCUGUUCAUAAGCCCAGCCCGUGCAAAAACGCCCACAUUCCUGCCGUGAACACACAACACAGCAAACUGGGCACGUCUAUCUGUAACCACCCUUGUAAUGGACACAGUGGGGGAACGGUGGCCACUUCAAAUGUAGGCCAUAUGACAGCUGGGGCCUGCAGGGAUCAGGCAUGUAAGGGGCACAAAAUGACUAAUGGGACGUUGUGCCAUCCGCCGUCGGAGAUAGAGGAGGGGGAGGAUGAAGACAGCAGCUCUGAGAGGAGCUCCUGCGCCUCGUCUUCUACCAACCAGAAGGACGGGAAGUACUGCGACUGCUGCUACUGCGAGUUCUUUGGACACAAUGCGCCUCCAGCUGCACCAACUAGCCGUAACUACGCUGAAAUCCGAGAGAAGCUCCGCUCACGACUGACCCGACGUAAAGAGGAGCUGCCUCAGCGUCAGGACUCAGAACUGACAGUGGCUGGUGCCAUUGACAACCGGGACGUGGAUGAGUUGCUGGACUUCAUAAACAGUUCGGAGCCCAAACCUGUUAACAGUGCCAAGGCUGCCAAAAGGGCUCGACACAAACAAAAGAAGAAGGAAAAAGCUCAGCAGGGCAACAUGGGUGCUGCAGGCAGUGACCCUCACUCCAAUCCAUCUGAGCCUGUCGACGAGCCCAUCCCUGACGGUUCUGAAGCCAGUCGGUUGCUGGACUGGCCUCAGCUGGAGCUUGAGCGCGUCAACAGUUUUCUCACCAGUCGGCUCGAAGAGAUUAAGAACACCAUCAAAGACUCAAUCCGGGCCUCGUUUAGCAUGUACGACCUCAAUCUGGAUGUCAAUGACUUCCCAAAGAAGGCAGCCACGUUGGAGGGCAACCAUUUACUAUCCCAUCUCAAUGGUUCCUCUGACCUGCAGCAGAUAGACCUUGACCUCGCCCCUCUUUCACUGGGAACCUUUAAGAGCCACCUGGACCUGGUUAAUGGAUGGGAGGACACAACCACUGUCUCAUCUCCUAAUACCACCACCACGGCAUCAGGGGUCACUGUUGGGUCCAAGGACAUCCAGCGGUUGCACACUACCCCCAGUCUCUCAAAGCUCAUAAGGGUCCGUUCCCCAGAAAGAUGCACUUCCACUGGAUCUGACAGUUUGCCACAGGUGCCAGCCCAAGCAACAGCUAAAUCAAAGGAGGACAUCCCUGAUCCCAAGAACUCCGCAGUUGGAAACGGCGGUACAAAGUCAAAGAAGAAUAAAAAGCAGCAGCAGCAGCAAAGACAGGAGCAGCCUGUGUCGGAGCAAAAUUCCAACAAACCAACCAAAGCUGCCUCCGGGAAUGAAACGCAGAAAACCAUUGAGUCUAAGGUGGCUGAAAUUGGUUCUAACGGCUCAAAAGCUGGGAGCAAACAGCCUCAGCACUCUGCAGACAACCAGAGAAAUGGGCCUAAGAAAGCUGAGGAGAGCAAAUCAUCCAGAAAUGUUGCCAGUGGAGCAAAUGGUGGCCUCUCGAAUGCACAAAGGGGGAAGGGUGACACAGACACACGAGGAUCUCGGUCCGAGCAGGAUUCAGAAAGCAAAGCACACCCCACCAUUCCAACCAACGGGCAGCAACAGCUGCAAUCCAAGGGAAAAAAUAAGAAGAACAAGAACAAGGGCGAAAAAUCCAGCAGCGCUAUUGAUGAUGUAUUUCUCCCUAAAGAUGUGGAUCCCACAGAAAUGGAUGAGAUUGAUCGGGAAGUGGAAUACUUCAAAAGGUUUUGCCUUGACUCUGCAAAACAAACUCGCCAGAAGGUAGCAGUGAAUUGGUCCAACUUCAGCCUCAAAAAGGUUCCUUCCAAUGCAGCUCAAUAACUCGGAUGAGUGCCAGAAAAAAAAAACUUCACACCACAAACUCUUUGAGUAGAGCCCUAUUUGGCCUGAGGCCUUCUCUCAUUCCCUGUUUUCUUCUCUUCCUUACUAAGCCAAGGGACCCUGGUUCAAAAUCAUACUCUCCAUUCAGAAGACUGAAAUAUAACUUGUGGCUAACAAGCCAGAGAUCACUCUCAAGGCCGACUCUACCCUUUGCUAUUAUUGCAAUGUUCACUAAAUGAGAGAUGCAAAAUGGAAAAAGUCUGUUAAAUCCACUGCAUCCAUGUGCUUAAGUAUGUAGUAUGUAAACAAUUACCUUACAUGAAAUAAAUGUUUUUAUCACAAAUCUGA